AUGCCGUCCAAUAACUUACCGGCCGACCCAUUGAAGUUCGUUCUCCAAAUUACGGUAUUUAUUUUGCUGUUGGUACCGGGAAUUUUGUGGGCGUUAGUAAAAAAAUUCAUACCAGUGAAGCCGAAAUCCGUCAAAGGACAAGUCGUGUUGAUCACUGGUGCUGCUCGAGGAAUAGGUCGUGAACUCGCGACUAGGUUUGGUAAAUUGGGUGCAAAGGUCGCUUGCGUUGAUAUCGAUGAAUCGGGAAACUAUGAAACGGCUCAAAUAAUAAAAGAUUGCGGAGGCGUGGCCAUUAACUACAAAUGUGACGUUUCAAAAAAAGAUCAGAUCAAAAGUCUGCACUCGAAAGUUAAAGAAGAUUUAGGUCCGGUCGAUAUACUCGUCAACAAUGCUGGAAUUGUGUGGGGACAUUUGUACAUAGAUCCAUCAAAGGAUCAAUUUAUCCAGGACCAAAUCAAUGUUAACCUUAUGGCUCAUAUUUGGAUGAACAGAGAAAUUCUUCCAUCGAUGAUGGAAAGAAACAGUGGACAUAUCGUAGCUAUGUCUUCGAUGUCUUCAAUGGCCGGUGUAGCUAAUAUAUCCACGUAUACGGUUUCUAAAUGGGGUAUAAAUGGUAUGAUGGAAUGUUUGCAUAACGAGUUGAAACAAUUCAACUCUGAUGUAAAGACCACGAACAUAUUGCCAUAUUUCGUGAAAACCAACGAGAAAGUUUCGUCGUUUUUAGAUAUCAGAAUACCCGAAAUACCUACGCACGUUGCUGGUAGUCAAAUGAUGAAAGGAAUACUAGAAGAACAGAGAAUAUUCUCGGUUCCCGGUCACAUGCUCACUAUGGUACCAAUCAUUAGAAUGUUACCGGACAAUUUGCAAACGCUAUUCGACAACAUAUUUUACGUCAAAAUCCUUGGAGAACCCGCGGAUGAGCUACUUUUAAAUAAAUAUAAACGAUAAAACUAGUAUUUGAACUGAACUGUUAUUAAAUUAUAAAUUAUAUUAAUUUAUUUUUAAAUUACACUGUUUUAUUGUUAUUAUUCACAUUAAAAUAUAAUUGUAAUUUAUAAUUUGUAAA